GUGAGUGUGACGACUUCAUGUUGGGGUUGGAGUUGCUCGGAUCCCGCCGGCUACUCUCGGGAGUCAUGCUGCUCGAUUAUCAAGAAGGUGGAGAAACACGUUAGGUUAUCUGAUACAAAAGAAGCUGUUGAGACUAAGGACAAUCAGACAUAAUGUUAUCUUAUCCUUAUCUCCUCCAAGAUAAGAGGGUUAAUCGUCAUCGCCACCAAGCUUACAGCUCCGUAUAGACCAAGCGAUAUCUUGUCAAGACGUCUAGACAGACAUCACAAACCCGUCUCUCCACCAUGGCUCCCAGCGCCGUUGAUCACCGCUCAUCCGAGCCGUCCUUGUGGGCAGAUCGCGACGAGCUCCGCACGUCCUUCACACUAGCCAUGUCGGCCAUGUACAAGGCCGAAGUGCCCCUGUAUGGCGACUUGGUGCGCAUCGUGUCAGACAUCAACAAGUCAACGCUGGGCAACGCCCUCGACCCAAAGGUGCUCUCGAUGCGCUACGGCGACGCUAGGUCGACCCGGCUUGACAUCGAGAGGCACGGGGCCAUCAGGCUUGGCACUGCCCGCGAGCUCCGGACAAUCCGCCGCGUCUUUGCCGUCAUCGGCCUGUACCCCGUCGGCUACUACGAUCUCUCCGCCGCGGGGCUGCCCAUGCACGCUACCUGCUUCCGCCCAACGAGCGCCGAGUCCCUGCGCAGGAACCCGUUCCGCGUCUUCACCUCGGUGCUGCGGCCCGAGCUGCUGCGCGAUGCUAGGGCGCGAGACCUCGCACUAGACCUCCUCUCAAGACGCGCCAUCUUCAGCGCCGAGCUGCUGCGCCUCCUCGACGUGAGCGACACGCAGAGUGGGCGGUUGACGCCGGAGCAAGGCCGGCGGUUCGUCGCCGAGGCCAUGAAGACGUUCGGGUGGCAUGACACCGCCGCCGCGUCGCACGAUGACUACCAGCGCCUUGCGGCCGAGCAUCCCAUCCUCGCCGAUAUCGCCUGCUUCCAGAGCUGCCAUAUCAACCAUCUUACCCCGCGCACGCUGGAUAUCAACGCAGCACAGGAGCGCAUGGUGGCUGACGGGCUUGCGGUCAAGGACCGGAUCGAGGGACCUCCUCCACGGGCGUGCCCGAUCCUCCUCCGCCAGACCAGCUUCCUGGCAAUUGAGGAGCCCGUGAAGUUCCCCGCGACGACCGGCCUGCCCGGCCUGCCCCUAGUAACGGGAUCACACAGGGCCCGGUUCGGCGAGAUCGAGGAGCGGGGCGCUGCAGUCACGCCGGCCGGGCGGAGGCUGUACGACGAGCUCCUGGACGAAGCCAUGGGGGUGGCAGCGGAACAUGCUCCGGGACAGCUCAAACCCGAGCAAUUCGACCAACUUGUCGAAGAGACGUUCGAGAAGUACCCAGACGACUGGGACGAGCUGAGGAGGCGCGACCUCGUUUACUGCACCUUCCGAUGCACCGGCAGGAGCAUCCAGGCGAUGACUCGACAGGACCUGGACGGACGACCUUGCCGGCUCGAAACGCUGAUCCGGGACGGCGUCGUCGAGGCAUUCCCCGUGACUUAUGAGGACUUCCUGCCCCUGUCGGCGGCUGGGAUCUUCCAGUCGAACCUCGGCUCGGGGUCGAAGACGAAGGGGGUGGAUGUCGCAGCUGCUCCGGAUGUCGACGGGAUGGAGGAAGCGCUGGGGGUUGAGAUUCACGACUCCGACGAUCUCUAUCGUCGUGUUCGGAGCGAGAGUAUCGCGCAUUGUGCUGCGCAGCUGGGUAUUGAAAUUCUUCUGUAAUAGAGGGGGAGUACAUGGCCGAGAGCCUAAAUGGAUGCGCAAGGUCUGCCAGACCUCUGGCGAGGUUAUUAAUGAGGCGAUAUAGCGCUAUAACGUAGUAAUGGUUCGUUUAAUGAAUGGUACAAUUGAGACAGGCUGUCUUGGGGCAAUCAAGUCCCACCGCCCAACGUCUCGCCCCCAAG